AUAAUAAUCGUUAUUAACUAUGAAUUGGCUGAUAGCCGUUUAUAUCCAAUCUUUCAAAAUUUAUCUCCACAAGUUAGAAACAUUAGACGUACAACUCCUUAUACUAGAUCCUUACAACAAUCAAGUGAAUUUGUACCUAGUUAUACAAUUGAUGAAGGGUUUUCCCCCAUAAACUUACUUAGUCCAUAUGAUAAUAGGUGGAAGAUUGAGGCACUUGUUGUUACAAAAAGUAGCAUCAAAUAUUGGCAAAAAUUUGAUGGAACAGGAAGAUGGUUCACUGUAGUUCUUUCUGACAGUAGCGGCGAUAUUCGUGCUACAGCUUUUGGGCAACAAGUAGAUGAAUUUUAUGAUAAACUACAAGUGGGAAAAUUAUAUGAAAUUUCCAAAGCAAAGGUUAAUCCUGCCAACAAAAAAUAUUCAUCACUUAAAAACGAUUAUGAGCUUAUUAUUGCAAGAGAAACAAUCAUUAGAGAAGUUCUUGAUAAGGAUUCUUCCAAUUUUAUGGCUUUUAAUUUCGUUAAAAUUUCUGAUUUAAUUGAAUAUGAAAAAGAUGACAUUAUUGACGUUGUAGGCUUUGUUAUUAAUGUUAGCGAUAUUCAAGAGAUAACAACUAAAUCUAGAAGAAAUGUCAAUAAGCGUGGUAUUACAAUUAUUGACCAAAGUAAACAUCAAGUUGCAUUAGCUUUGUGGGGUCAGCAAGCUGAAAAAUACGAUAAUUCUCUCUUACACCAAGUCAUCGCUUGUAAGAAUGUGCGUGUUGGAGAUUUUCAAGGGCGGAAUAUCUCACUAGUCAUUGAUAGCUUUUUAAUAAUUGAUCCAAAUAUUAAAGAAGCGAAAGAAUUACGUGAUUGGUAUAAUUUACAUGGAUCUCAUUCAACGUUCACCUCUUUAAAUGUAUCAAAAUUUAUGAUGCAAUAUGGUGAUGACAUCAAGACGUUGGAACAAGCUAAAUGUGAAAGGCUUGGUCAGGAUAAUAAUGUUGAUUUUUUUGUAAUAAUGGCAACUAUUUUGUUUAUAAAAAAAGGUGUCUUUACUUAUCCGGCUUGCCCCACGUGCUAUAAAAAAGUUAUUAAAAACAACAAUAAUGAAUGGCAAUGUGGGAAGUGUUCUCAAUCUUAUCACGAACCUGAACAUAGAUACUUAAUGACAGUUAGUAUAGCAGAUUUUACUGGCUACACAAUAUUAACAUUCUUUAAUGAAACCGCUGCUAGUAUUAUGGGAAAUGAGGCAAAUGAACUCAUCAGAUUGGAAGAAGAGAACGAG